GCAGUAACGCACAUGGAGCAACCGAGCAGGCAGCGGAGUAGGUCGCCGUUGCCGGCCUUGCUCCCGCUUAAUGCCGCGCCCGUAAUCCAACCGAGACCUCUCGUUUCCUUUCCCUUCCCUUUAACGCCACCCGCUGCGGCUGCCACCUUCCCUUCUCCACCCCGCAAAUCUCGCCUCCGCCGCCGACUCCGCCCGCGAGUCCACCCCAGAUCGGCGCGGGCGCGCCGCUUCAUGCUUGAUCUGUGAUCCCGCCGCGGCAAGGAGCGAGAGGGACCAUGAGAGGCCCCGCGUUUCUGCUGCUCGCGCUGCUCCUGGUCGCCUGCGCGGCGGCGGCGCGGGCGCAAGCGGGCGAUGGCAACUCCUCGUCCACGCCGUCAACCGCGUUCGUGCCGCGGGACGACAUCCUGCUGGACUGCGGCGCGACGGGGCAGGGCAACGACACGGACGGCCGGGUGUGGACCGGGGACGCGGGCUCCAAGUACGCUCCGGCCAACCUCGCCUCGGCGUCCGCGGCGGGGCAGGACCCCUCGGUCCCGCAGGUGCCCUACCUCACCGCGCGGGUCUCUGCGUCCCCCUUCACCUACACCUUCCCGCUCGGCCCCGGUCGCAAGUUCCUCAGGCUUCACUUCUACCCGGCCAACUACACCAACCGCGACGCCGCCGACGCGCUCUUCUCAGUCUCCGUCCCCGUCCCCGGAGGCAACGUCACGCUCCUCUCCAACUUCAGCGCCUACCAGACCGCCGCCGCGCUCAACUUCGACUACCUCAUCCGGGAGUUCUCCGUCAACGUCACCUCCCCGACGCUUGAGCUCACCUUCACCCCGGAGAAGGGCCACCCCAACGCCUACGCAUUCGUCAACGGCAUCGAGGUCGUCUCCUCCCCCGACCUCUUCGAGAUCUCGACCCCGAACAUGGUCGUUGGGGACGGCAACAACCAGCCGUUCCCGAUCGAUGCCGGCACUGCUAUGCAGACCAUGUACCGGCUCAACGUCGGAGGCCAGGCGAUCUCCCCCUCCAAGGACACCGGCGGUUAUCGGUCGUGGGACGAUGACUCGCCGUACAUUUUCGGCGCCGCGUUCGGGGUUACCUACCCGAACGAUAAGAGUGUCACCAUCACGUACCGGGACAAUAUGCCGGAGUAUGUGGCACCGGUGGAUGUCUACUCCACGGCACGCUCAAUGGGUCCGGACAAGAAUGUGAACUUGAACUACAAUCUCACAUGGAUGAUGCAGGUGGAUGCUGGUUUCAUGUACCUUGUCAGGCUUCAUUUCUGUGAGAUCCAGUCCCCGAUCACUAGGGUCAAUCAGCGGGUGUUCGACAUUUACAUCAACAACCAGACAGCCAUGAAGGGUGCUGAUGUGAUUGCUUGGGCGACCAUGGCUGGUGCUACUACUGGUAGUGGCAGUCCUGUGUAUCAAGACUAUGUGGUGAGCACAUUGGGUUCAGGGGCCAUGGAUUUAUGGGUGGCUCUCCAUCCGGAUGUUGACUCAAAGCCACAAAUAUAUGAUGCUAUCCUCAAUGGGAUGGAGGUGUUCAAGUUACAGCUUAGUAAUGGGAGCCUUGCGGGGCUCAAUCCUGUCCCAAGUGCUGAAUCAUCGGUGGAUGAGGGGGCUAAGAAGAAGUCGACUGUCGGGCCUAUUGUUGGUGGAGUGGUUGGAGGUUUGGUAGUUCUUGCGCUUGUAUGUUGCUGCUUCUUUGUGAUCUGCAGGCGUAGGAGGAGUGCUGGGAAGGAUGCAGGCAUGAGUGAUGGGCAUUCUGGUUGGCUGCCGCUGUCGCUUUAUGGCAAUUCACACACUUCCAGUUCAGCCAAGUCGCACACUACUGGUAGCUAUGCUUCAUCUUUGCCAUCCAACCUGUGCCGCCAUUUCUCUUUUGCUGAGAUCAAGGCUGCAACAAACAACUUCGAUGAGUCUCGUAUUCUUGGUGUGGGUGGAUUUGGUAAAGUUUACGAUGGUGAGAUUGAUGGGGGAACAACCAAGGUGGCUAUCAAGCGUGGCAAUCCUUUGUCUGAGCAGGGUGUGCAUGAGUUCCAGACUGAGAUUGAAAUGCUGUCGAAGCUCCGCCAUCGUCAUCUUGUGUCGCUGAUUGGAUACUGCGAGGAGAAGAAUGAGAUGAUCCUGGUCUACGACUACAUGGCUCAUGGAACUCUACGUGAGCACCUGUACAAGACCCAGAAGCCGCCGCUUACCUGGAGGCAGCGCUUAGAUAUCUGCAUUGGUGCAGCUCGUGGGCUUCACUACCUUCACACCGGUGCAAAGCACACCAUCAUCCACCGUGAUGUGAAGACAACAAACAUCCUCCUGGAUGAGAAAUGGGUUGCCAAGGUUUCAGAUUUUGGUCUGUCCAAGACUGGCCCAUCUAUGGACCACACUCAUGUGAGCACAGUUGUCAAGGGCAGUUUUGGUUACCUCGAUCCUGAAUACUUUCGCAGGCAGCAGCUCACUGAGAAAUCUGAUGUCUACUCUUUCGGUGUUGUGCUGUUUGAGGUUCUGUGUGCACGGCCUGCCUUGAACCCUACUCUCGCAAAAGAAGAAGUUAGCUUGGCGGAGUGGGCGUUGCACUGCCAGAAGAAGGGCAUUCUUGAUCAGAUUGUUGAUCCCUUCCUGAAGGGAAAGAUCGCUCCACAGUGCUUCAAGAAGUUUGCCGAGACAGCUGAGAAGUGUGUUUCUGAUCAGGGCAUUGACCGUCCUUCGAUGGGGGAUGUGCUUUGGAACUUGGAGUUUGCCCUUCAAAUGCAGGAAAGCGCAGAAGAGAGCGGAAGCAUUGGUUGUGGGGUGUCAGACGAGGGCAUUCCCCUUGUGAUGGUUGGAAAGAAGGAUCCUAAUGACCCGUCGAUCGAAUUAAGCACCACCACAACGACCACCACUUCUAUAAGCAUGGGUGAUCAAAGUGUUGCGAGUAUUGACUCGGAUGGGCUGACGCCUAGUGCUGUCUUCUCACAGAUCAUGAAUCCCAAGGGGCGGUGAGGUAAAACUAGUUCCAUUCGUUACCUCUGCAGGCAUAAUUUAUUGAUUCAGCAUAUUUGCAUGAGUUUGUGCUGUUGAUGCUCUCUCAAGUUAUGGACCGGAAGUUAGAUAAUUGUUUCAUACGAGACAUUCUGUCUUGCCCUGUACUUUUCUCCAGUGUUGUAAUGACUAUACACUUAUCGGUUUGUAUUGUACCACUGCUAUUGACCCAACGAGUACUACUGCUCUCUUUUUACUGAGAAAUGCGAAAUAAAAAAAGUGAAGGAAGGGUGCCCUAUAGAUA